CUGACAUGAUGCGACAUGCCCGGGUCGGGGGAGAGGCGGCCAGGUGUGUUUCGUGCUUAAAAGUGGCACUCCAGCCCCACUCGAGCACUUCUUUUCGAACUUCCAUCGGAUUUUGGAUAUGGUUUUGGAGCGCUUUCAGAUGCUGGGCACCGUCCUGUGCGUCCUGGGCUGGAUGGGAACCAUCAUGGUGUGCGCCCUGCCCCAGUGGAAGGUGAGGGUUUUAGCGGACCCCUUCAUCCAGACGAGGCAGGCCACUUGGGAGGGCAUCUGGAUGAUGUGCGUGAUCCACAGCACGGGACAGAUCCAGUGCAAGGUCUUCGACUCCACGCUGGUUCCGAGCUCCGAUAUCCUGACCGCCCGGGCCCUGAUCAUCGCCUCCAUCUUGCUGGGCACGCUGGCGUCGCUACUGUGCCUUGCGGGCGGCAAGUGCACCAACUGUGUGCGGGACCAGGGCACCAAGAUCAAAAUCUGCGUGGCCUCAGGCGUGUUCUUCAUCCUGGCGGGGGUGCUGUGCCUCAUCCCCGUGUGUUGGACGGCCAACAGCGUCAUCAGGGACCUUUCCCACCCGGGGACCUUUUCCCGGUACAAGACGAAGCUAGGGGCCGCCCUGUUCAUCGGCUGGGGGUCUUCGGGCCUGCUCAUAAUAGGCGGCGCCCUCCUCGGCAUCGCCUUCCUGUGCGCCAACUGCCAGCCCAAGGACGACUACCCCACCAAGUCCCCGCCCUCAUCUGCUCCCAACAACUUAACUUGAAGCCGGUCCAUCUGUUCUUUACUGUUGGUGUUAUUUUUAAUU